AUGGCCAGCACCAGCACCAGCACCAUCACCACAAUUCUGACCGGAGUUGUCCAAGUCACCGUUUGCCGCGGACGCGAGCUACUGGUGUGUGACAAGAAGAGCUCCGACCCGUUUGUUGUCGUCCAAGCUGGCGCCGUCUCCUUCCGCACCCCCGUCGUGACCAAGUCGCUUGCUCCGGUCUGGGCCGACGAUGGUGAGUCAUCGAGCGGUGGCGGCUCGGGUCUCGGUGCUUCCUCCGGCGCAAAGAAUACCUUUUUGCUGCCCCUCAUGGCCGCACCGGGCUUCUCCCUCCAGAUCCUCGAUUGGGACCGUCUCGGCCCGGCUGACGCCAUGGGCACCGUCUUUGUCUCGGCUGAGGACAUCCUUACCAAGGCCGCCACCGCUGACUCGCUCGCCACCGGCACGUCGACGUCAGACGAGUUCUGGUUCCCGGUUGCCCACCCGUCGCAGCCAGGGGCCGCUGCCGGUCAGCUCGCCAUCAAGAUGCUCUGGACUGAUCAGACACCCAUGGUCUCGCUGCAGGGCGGCGCUCUGCCGGCCGGCACUGUCUGGCUCGCAGGCAUCGCCGACAACGAGUCUCUCGUCGUCCCGCACCCGGCCCCAAUGAGCUACGUCCACUUUGUGGCGCGCAUGGCUCCGACCUGGUCGUCGUACAAUGCCAGCCCCGACACCAACCUCGUCAUCGACGAGAUGGACGGCCCGCAUGCCCUCCUCCGCUAUCCGAACGACUCCAAACUCGCCAGCAAGUGCUCGGUCAACGCUGUCGUCGGCCUCAUCGACGCCGCGCAGGCCGCCGGCGGCCGCCUUGUUCACACCCAGUACGAUCCUCGCGCCAAGACCAGCCUGCUUAAGUUUGCCACCCACGACUCUGCGAGCGAGCUCGCUACGCCGGUUGCCAUCCGCUUUGCGAACGCCGAGGUCAUUGUCUCGACCUCGCUCGGCUCGCACCGUCCGGCCGUCCGCGCCGCCAUCCUCACCGGCCUCACCGGCCUGCAGCUCAAGACCGACGGUCUCGAAGUCCAUAAGGACGGACUCUUCCACGCCAAGGCCAAGGGCAUCGACUUUGACAUGGACGACAUUCGCCUCCAGUACAUGGAGGCCGUCGCCAACGCGCUCUACGCCAAGGGCCUCUCCCUUAUCGGCCACUUUAGAGACAUGCUCAUUGUCCAGCCGCACUGCCCGGCCGUCCACGGCCCGCAAGGCAGGAUUGUUCUUGCUGUCGCCAAAGACGACGCCCUUAUCCGCUCGCCGGCUCUCCCGGACCAGAUCGCGGACGCCUUUGUCACUGCCCUCGGUCCAGCGGCCGCCAGUGCGUGGGUCGGGAGCGACAACAACAGCUGUUCCGCGCUGGUUGUCGACGACCCGCGGGCGGAGGGUGACUUGUUUGACAACAUCAACACAACCGCGACGAUCUCGGCGCUUCUCACAGCCUCAGCUUCCGCCGGCGCCCUCAGCGCUGCGGUCGUUGGCACCGACGCCGACAUUACCCUCGCCUUGGUCCUACCCGACUGCCCACCGGGCACCGUCCUCAAGCCGUCCGAGCUGGCCACGGCGUUGUUCAUCACCCGCAUUGAGUGCAAGGACAAGAACACGACUGGUUUGUUUCGGCUGUAG